GGUUUAAUCAUUUUGGACAACACUUUGAAGGUCGAUGAGCUGCGCGUAAAAUACUUGCGGCUGUGACAUAAUCAUUAAUUAAGUUGAAACUUUUGAAUAAUUCAACGCAUUUUACUGCUAAUACACGCAGAACAGCUUCGUGUCGCGGACAUAAGCAAAAUCAAAAACCUAUUUCCGUCGUUCUUGAAGCUUCCAAACAAGCAAACGUUUAAACGACACAGUUAAACUGGAGGAGAUCUGUUCAAAACGUGUUUCGACAAAGUAUCAUAGUGUAUUUUGGAAAGAUCCCGACAGACUGUGUUCCUAGACGUAAAGGAAACCAAUAAGGAAAUAAACAGAUAAGCUGCACGAAUGAAUGCUGAACAGGAAGCUGGACCGAAAAUAGGAUUCCACUUUAACUGGAGAAAAUGUAAGUCUCAUUACCUAUCAUUAUUUAUAGCGUACAAUUUUCACAAAUUCCAUGUUUAGACUGCUCGUGUCGACUCGCCUUUGCGACAAUAGUAAUAUAUAUUGUGUGCACGCACCAGUUCAUUUUGGUUAAGUUUCGUUAUUAACAAACAUAAACGCAGAGUAUUUAAUUGUAGUUAGUAAACCACUGAUUUUACAGCGAGUACAUAACCCUCCGUGUAUCGGAAUGAGAUUUUAUUGAAGGUAUUAUCGAAUAUUAUGUUGCCUGUGCUAACCAAUCGUAAUCAAAUGCAAAAACUCUAAUAAGGAAAGAAAUCUAUGAAUGUACCAUUCGAGGUAAACAAGGACCGACUAAUUGCUGAGAUUAACGGGAAAAAAACUCAGAAAAUGGACGUUCAUUUUGCACUGACGUAUUUUUUUACGGAUCGAGUGUUUUGUCAUAAACAAUUUGAGUUCUCUUAUUACGCUGCUUGUCUUCUGUGUUGGCCUUCGAAAUUACAAAGUACAAAAACAUUAUCUCUAUAGAAACAAUUCACUGACUACCGAAAAGGUAAAUAAAUCAAUGCCUGGCCAGUGAAAGUUUAGCUUAGUAGAUUCCACACAUUUUUAACUAUGCAGGCUAAUCGUCCUCUUAUUUACAAGUGACGCAAUUUUUCAACCAUAUAAAAAUCAACGUAAAAAGUCGAUGUUGAAGAUGUUACUGGUCAAAUUAAACGCAAAGUGUGCAGUUACGCCGUCGUCGAAUACUGAGGCUACCAGGAUCUGUUCUGAACUGAAGAAUGCCUUUAAAAACUUUUCAUGACGCAGCCCACGCAAAAUUUAAGAUCAAUACAAUUCUAACUUAAGGCUUUUAAACGAUCAUUGGUGAGGCAACCAAGUAUACGAAAAAUGUGAAGAGAGAAAAAAAGACUUCAUCAGGAGAAAAUAUACAAGUUUUUCGAUCUUAAACAGAGCUGAGUUGUAAAGGCCAAGUGUCCGACAAAUUCACUCUCAACGAAGAUCAAGAGCAUAUAUGGCAGGGUAAUAAUUACAAUUAGUUCUCACACAAGCUCAAUAAUUGUAUAGUUACUCGAAAGGAAGACAGAAAAUGUAUAGUGACGAAAUGUCAUUAACUAAUCUUAACGAAACGUAGUUUUUAUAUAUAAAAUAUCGCGACUGUAAAAUACCUUUAAGUUUGAUCAAGACGUUCACUCCUCCUCUGAGUUUGAUUUGCCAACAGUGGGAUUUAUAAUGGGGAAAAUUAGCAGGAGUGAACCAGUUAUAAGAAUAACUGAACUGAUCACAAGAGAGCACUAGAUCAUCGACUACGAAAAGUGAUACAUCGACUCUUUUAUACUAAGUAGCUAUACUCUUUGGAGCUUCACGCUAAUGAAAGCAGAAUUAAAAGUGUAUUUUACAGUAGAACACCUCUUUUGGGACACCUCUAUUAAAGAGACACCUGCGUUCACAAAAUUUGGUCCCGGAAAAAUGUUCACGUAAUCUUUGUAUCUGUUACCUCUACCGAAGGAACAGCUCUAUCCAAGGAAAAGGGACAUUUUUUCUGGGUCCAGAAAUCCAGUUUUAACCUCCAUUCAGGGAACACCCUAGUACUCAAAACGUGACUGACCAAAAAUAGUGUUUAUUUUCUUUGUUGGUUAAUUAUUAAAAAACGCCAUCCCAAACUUCAUUUAGGGGACACCUCUAUUUAGGGGGCUCUUACCUCGUUCCCGAGGGGGUUCCGUGAAUAGAGGUUUUACUGUAUGAGUUAAAGAUAAUUUAAUAAUCACUUAAGAGUUGCGUAUCAGCCUUUUUUGACUGAGAACUGCAGUAAGUUUCUGACCGGUACGUUGAAAAUGUAUUAAUCUGCAUUUUCGACCUCUGUUAUUCAAAAACACUACUUCGAACCGAAGAGCUUUUCAAGAAACCUUCUGUUUUCCUGUAACUCGAAAACUUGGGUAUCAUCUAUUCUUAAGUAGGCAAUGGCAUAACCCUAAAGUGUAUUUAUCUUUUCCCCAAGAGGUCUUUGGAUUACCAUGAAAGUUUGAUCUACAGCCCGCUUGGGUUUAACCAGAAUAACCAAGAAACGCUAAAAAUACCUUCAUUUGUCAGUCUAGGAGGCUGUACUCAAACCUACGCAGCUUAAGUAUCAAGUAUCAACAUUUUAAAGAAAAAAGCUCUGAAAAUUGACUAUCACCCCUUAGGCACAAGAUGUAACUGAUAAUCUGUACAUAUGAAAAAUAGAGAACUGAAAAAAUGUCCAUACAUUUUAUUAUGCUUUAGUUAAGAGAAUUUGGGGUUAUAUCAAUGUGGCAUCAUUUGGCUGAUAAAUUUGCCUAUUCUCAUCACCUGUCUGUUAGACAUUGUAUUGGAUAUUAUAGGGAGAAGUUACACGUCCAUCACCAAUCUGAGAGUUAAAGGGAUAAGGCACUCAAAGGUCAUUGGAAAAGCAAUUCAGCACUUAACGACGCACAAAUUGUUUUCUCGAGUACUAACAAUGUCAAGCACAAUAUACUUUUUGAUAAUAACUUUCCCUAUAUAUCUCACUCAGAAAUUUAAAGAUAAUAUUUUGCGUGUAACACUGUAUACCGACCGACCUAAGAUUAUCUCUCAAGACUUCUCAUCUUGAGAGUUAAAGGGUUAAGCGUUUCAGGCACCUGUUUCAUUUUUCCCUGCACAAGCAUUUGACUCGCGGUCUUUCUCACGAGUGGCCCUAUAAGAAUUCAAGAAGAAAAUUCCAAAUUUAAUCUUAUAAAAUCUAAAGAGAUAAAUAUAAAGACCAUGCCAAAGAGUUACCGAAAGAGUUUUCAUUUAAAUGAUAACGCCGUAAGGUGUUGUUUACAAACUCCCUCGAUAAAUCAAAAAGAAAAAUUUCCAACCUUGAUUGCAGUUAAUUUUUCCAAAAAAAAUGUUCGCGUGAGAUAUGCUAUAAAUUAAAAUUUGCUGACAAUUACACUGUGCGCCAUUCUAUAUUCAUCUCGAAUUUUACUUUUCUUCAUAUUGCAAGUGUAUAAUGGUUUUCGGUUAACCUCAAAACAUACUCGGGCGUCUUGAUGAAUCUUAGUGGUCACGUACAAAGCAUUCUCGUUGUGAUGUUUACAUAAAUAAUUCGAGCGCCACAGGCAAAACUUUACCCUAAAACAGAUUUACACAAUGAAAGUCUACCUAAAAUCGUUUAACAAUUCAUAAGACAUCAUAAGCCGAAAAAGUCGGUCGUUUUUAUGUCUAGUAUAAUUUACUCCAUUUACAUAAAAAAGGCGUACAGUUGCAAACGCACCUUUUUAAAAUCAUCAACAUUUUAUUUGGACACCGAGAAAUGCUAAUAAUGAAUUUUACUGAUUAAUUACCAGCAUGAACUGGAAUCAGUCCAAAUAUUAAUAGUUACUGCUGCGUAAUACGGACUUAUCAGCCCGCUAGAUAAAAUUAAACGAUGUAGCAGGUCUUAACAGUUACCGUUUUCUUCCUUGCGCUGGGUGAAAACGAAACACUCUGUUGCCUUUACGAAGGGCAGGAAAACUAAAUCUGAAUCUUAGCUUUCAACGUCAAUCUCAGGGAAAGAAGAACUUAUCAGCGUCGUUGGCUUAUUCUAAAACUUCUGAAAGACCGUAGAGCGCCACGAUUGGUCAUCUGGAUUUCACUAACCGUAAGUGUCUAUUUCACCCUUUUUUACAAACAAUUCGGUUUCGCAAGUUAAAAAAUUACUUUACUUAAGUAAAGCCAAAAUUUUAAUUCUGGAUUUUAAACUCUAAGAUCAUGCUGAGUUCAUCAUAGACACAAUAAUUUAACGGAAACUUAAAAUUCUUUUUUAUUUCUUCGUGCACAAUUUGAAGGCUUUAUUCCAAUCUGGCGCUAAUAUGAAAGAAACAAAUAUUAAAGUAAUCUUCUGAAAACUGUCAAAAUGCAGCUCUCUGAAACUACUGAAGUGACUGCAACAAUGUCCCUCCGUGAUAACGCUCAGAGCGCUUGAAAACUUCCCAUCUGAGGAUGAUUUAAACCGAUUUUGGACAGUAAGUUUAUUGGUUGAAGGCAGGUCCGGUAGUGAUGUGAUGAUUCUAAAUAGAAUGACUGACAGUCCAACUCGUUUUGCCAUAAACGUGGAGGCUAAGGAAAGUUAACAUGUUAAACCGAAUGUUUGUUACUGAGUGAUCAAGAACGAGGCUAAAGACAUGCAAGCAGCGUCGUUUUUGUCCGAACUACUUUACGUGGGUUCUUAGCGUGUCUAUUCUGAUAUCUGUGCAUUAUUAACAUUAAUUUUUAAUUUUACAAUCACCUCUAAAUACUAAUUGCUCCCAAAUUCCCCCAAAUUCUCCAUUCACCCUCGCUUUAGGUCCUUGAACAAAAGAGUUAUCUCAUAAGAACUCAAAAAAAAUCACUAAGAGAUUCCUAAAUAUUUACUGGGCUGGUUACCACGUUAAAGAAGGAAUUGUGAAUUCGCAAGAGCCCCAUACGCAGUACAGCUAAUAAAAUGAGACAAAAAGGUGCGGAACACUACUGAACUACGCUGUAAUCCUCCCCUGGCUUAACAGUUGGAAUUGAGGCUUAUGGGAUACCUGUUGAACUCAGCGGGUGGGGGAGCGUGGGUGAAGGCCAAACUAACCUCAAGUCUCUUGCACUACCGCUGUGAAGAUAACAGCAAAUAACUUUUAAAUGAUCCGAUCCGCUUUGUAAUAUUAUAAGUGGCUUUUCUUCUGCCGAGGGUGACUGAUGGUAGUGGACAACGAGUUUUAUGCGCUCUAUUACUUCUGUUCUGCGGCAGAGUUCCGACCUAGGAGCCAACAUUAAAGAUGAUUUACAUCUUCGUAACAUCUCUAGGUAUGAUAAAUUUCCUCGAAAUUUCACAACUAAAAAGUAAUAAGCCUUAAGAGACUUGAACACGUUAUUAAGCACUGAAACAAACUGUGGUAAUGGUAUAGUGAGUUCGUAACAUUAACUUUCGCUUUCCACUGUAGCUACUGAAUAAACAAACAAUGAAACACUUUACAUCUAUAGAGCGGUGAAAACACUUAAAGAAAUUAUUGUAAAUUUAAUUUAGUAGCUAGAGAGAACACCAAAAAGGAAACGAACGUAUACCUGUAGAGAUGUAAUGAGGUAAAUACGGUAAAUCCGCUUUACAGAUUCAUUUCAAUUUAUAAGCUUCUAAGUGAGAGAGAACUUUAUAGCCAACCGACAUCUGGACAUCUCGGUGAAAUCGAUGUUCUUAGUUCUUUUUUUCGGGGUGCUUCGCGUUGAAGUUUGGAUAAGAAGACUUUCUGCAAAAACUAGUUGAUUUGUUGAGUCAGACAUGGCCAUAAUGGUAAUUUUAUUUCGAUGAAACAAACGAAACAUUAUAUUAGUGAGUAGUCUGAUAUUGAAAAAGAAAAAAUAAUCUUCCACAACCUGAAGUUGACAUAUUCAUGAAUAAAAAACUUCAAAACGUCUCCUAUUCGGAAAUGUUAUGGAAAUGUUUGGACAACACGUAAUUUUGCGGAUGGGGUGCGACUUUACGGCUGGAAAGGGAAGAAAAGUUUGCUAAAAUCAGUUUGUUAAUGUUGUCUUAAAACGUUGACGAAAUUAUGGUGUACCGCGUUAGGGUCCAGUAUUUCAGCCUUCAUUCAGAGGCCGCCGAGAUUCCAGUGGGUAAUGCGCAUGUAUAUUUGUAUACUAGUGCCAACGGUACUUGGUAUAGAAAAUGAUACUCUGUUUCACAUCCGUACAAAGGAAGAUUAUAUAAAAUCAUAAACAUAUAGCUGAAUAUAAUUUACCACAUUCGGGUGAUGCACACCGCAGCAGGUACCUUAAGUAUAAACAAUGCAUUCCAACUCAAGAGUUCAGAUAUUUCGAUCAUGAAGUCGAGGAGUGUAUGGGGUUUCUUGGUCCGCCACUGUCACUUUAAUGUGUCAGUCCUUCAUUCACGCUCAAAAGAAUGAUGGCUGAGGUUAGUUUAAAAACACACUACUGUGCUGAGUCAGCAGGGGAGUGAAAUACAAAAAUUUGAUUUUUUUGUGAGGUCUUUGUAACGUCACUUGAAGGAUCUGUAUCAAGAAAUUUAUUAAAAUUGAAUCAGUGGAAUCCACCACCAAACAAAAAAUAACCACUCAGAACAUUGAAAGAAGCCAUAAAUAAGUAUAGGUAAUAGCAUGAUUUGUAGUGAUAUUUCAAAAUUGUUAUACGUUAGGCGAGUGAAAUUUGAGACAAUUUUGAAAUAUCACUCGUGGUAUUUAUGCCAAAUAUCACGUACAAAUCAUGCUAUUAUUUGUUGAUACUGCUACCCACAAAAGGUUUGUAAUUUUCACAUGUAGUUAUUUCAAAUUAAGCUGAAAUACCACUGCUCUAAGCCAAUCAAAUUGCAGUAAUUUCUCAUGUAGUAGUAUAACAUAGGAAAUGCAAAAGAAGGCACGGAGCGACAAACCUAAUGAAGAUUAAAACGGAUUGCUAUGAUGGUUUUUAAAAACUUGUUAGACUCACAGUUUUUUCAAAGACACAUUUGUUUGACAGGAUGCUGUGAAUUUGUCUUUUACAGGCAAUUUCUUUGCUACCGUUAGGUUCCUUGGCGAAUAAAGACGUUUAAUUGGCAAUAUUCAUAAAUGAACUAAAGAGUCGUGGCACAGCCCUUUUAACCACCGUAAAAAGCUUCAAAGUUCGUCAGAGCAAAUUUGUUAGAGGCUAAUUGGGAGGGGAUAUUUUCGGGUAAAAUCACUGAGCCAGUGCCAGAAGCACUUGAAACCAUCAACCAUUUCCAAUGAACAGAAAACAUUUCUAGCAACUUUCAUUCACCUAUUUCCACGCCUGCCAAGUCAAGAUUGUUGGGGCGCGUUCGAUUGACCGGUAUUCUGGAACAAGAAUGCACAAUUUCCUUUAACAAUCUCUAUUCCCGGGAUUUUCCAGACCUCUGAAAGGCUGACAUUAUUUCAGAGGGCUACAUCUCUACCUGAUUUGCAGAUGUUACGAUGUAAUGAAUCCCUGAACAAGUGAUUUCUACCUGUUUAUUCCAUUUAUUUUUAUUCGGGAAUACGGUCAAAGAAACUGGCUUUUACUAAAACGAGAAUUAUGGGGAACAAGGAAACGUGAAUGGGGAACGCGCAUGGUGAAAAGGGAAGUGAAAAAAAGUGAGGAAAAAAACACAAAGGGUGACUGAUGAGGUUACUAAAAGAGCUCUGAUUUAAGCUAGGUCCUAUUUAUCGUUUUCCCGUGCCUAUAUUCUCGUUCCCGUUUUCCAUUCAGUCCCCGCUUUAGUAACAUCUACCAGCCAGUACAAACAAAUCAAGGUUUUUUGAAGAUGCUUAUCGUCACACUUGCGACUAGUUUCUUAGUAAGCCUCAAGCGCCAGGAGAAAAUAUCUUAACGCCUCAAAGUUAUGCAUAAUUCACUGUUUUUGCUAGUGUACUCUGUAUAAAGUAAUCAAGGGAACGAUGGCAGUGCAGAAACGAAGAAGGCCACGUCAAAGAAUACCCGGGCGUGUAAACAGCCCAUGGAGUAGGCUGGGGAUAAAGCCUGUCGCAAUGUUGUUAGUACCUUAUUCUAGUUGCUAACCAUUUUGUCGCAAUUCAGGAGGUGAAAUUUUCAUUGAAAAACGAUAUCUGCAUUGCUUCAUCGCCGAGAACACCAAUUAAUGCAAAGCAAGCGUGUUCAUUAUAAAUUCAACUUUUGUCAACUUUUAAUUUUGCGAAACUGCCAUGAUUGAGAGUCAAGAAAGUUAUAAAAUCAUAGGGGUUUGAGCCAUGACUUGGCCGGUUCGAUUCCGCUGGUUGGAGACGUACACCUACAGUAGCUUACUAGGAAUCAUUAAUACCUCACUAUAAUCUGGUGAAAGUGAGGAGAGAUUUGUUUUUCUUCGAAAGAAAGAUAUUGUAUCCACAGCUUUGGUUGUUACAGGGUUCAUAACCUACAUUUAAAACAAUCAAAACACAGGAAAUGUUGGAUACUAUUUUUAAUUAUGUUUUAACUUGAACGAAAGUUGUUUGCUUUUGCCGCAUUCUAAUUUCGCAGUAAAAGUAAUUUGAUUGUUUAUAAACUGACUGAACUUUGACGUAAGCAGGAAGCUAUAAGCCAGAAGAAAAAAAAUAAAAGACUUCCUGAAAGAAAAAAGAUGAGGAUAUGUCACUAUUAUUACACCUAAAUUUCGAAAAAUUAAUAUAUGAAAGGUCCAUAAAUUCCCUUAACAAUUAGGAAUGCACUUCAAACCUCGAAUGUUUUUGUUAUGAUCAACUUUUUCUUUUUUCUUUUAGAGCUACUAAAAUCAAAAAGGAGCAGCUUAAAUUGAAAACCAUUCAAUAGUCAUGAAAGGCCCGCAAACGAUUUCGCUCAUUAUCGAUCAAUGUAAACAAUGACUAUUAUCUAUUUCGCUUGCUGGCAGAAAGCUACCUUAGUUCUGACAAGACUUGAUAAACUGCAAUAUUUUACUGCGAUAAUGGCAAAAUGACUCUGAAUAUCACGGCGCAUUUUUUUGGUAAGAACCGUUAUUUUUUAUCGCAGUCAAAAAGACUUCUUUAGAAAGAGAUGAGGAAGCAAAUUUUUUUCGUGGUAAACUCAUUGAUUAUAUCAUAAGACAGACAAGAGUGAUUUCUAACAUUGCAUGAUUUUUAUGCUUGUAUCUUAGAAAUCAAUUAACGAUGGAGAGAAGACCAGCAGAGCUCGGACGAAUCGCCGCUGUGAUAUUUUUACUUAUUAACUUCGGAGUCAUAAUAUCGGAAAGUUUGGUUAUUGGUAAGUAGGACGACAUUGAGGGUACAAAAGGAAUUAUAUGACUGUGGUAUUGCCGCUUUCAAGCUGAAGGGCUUGAUGUUAACCUCAAUUACAUGAUUAAAGCGAAGCCAUAUGGUAUUUGAAAUUUUCGGUAUCUGAGUAUCCUCGCCACAAAGUUUAACUGCGUUAUCUUUUCGGGUUAAUUGUGAGUUUAUCUUUUCACGUUAAUUGAAUGCUGCAACGCUGGGACAAAUGAAAAAUGCUUUUGUCGUUUACUUUCUGCUUCUUCAAUUUGUAAAUCCACCUUCAUUUCUCCUUUUCAAGAAAUCAUGCAGGCAAAUGUCCAAUUUCAUUAAAUCCUCAAUGAAUACGUUGGCAUCCAAAGUUUCUAAAAUUUAAAGAUGAGGCUAUGAUUUUUUGGUUUUCAUGGAAAGCGUUUGGUGGCAUCCAAAACAGGUCACUUCGUGGAAAAUACAAAGCGAUACUUAAAGAACGACUUCGCUUAGCACUUUUGUUUUAAGUAAUAGUACAUGCAGUCCUGAGCAAGUCAAGUACCAUCUGAGGCCUUUUACUGUCAAAAAGUGGCAUUAUACGGUCGCCUUACUUUAAUAUUUAAAAAAACUCCGACUCUGAAUAGCCAUGCGGGCAAUCUUUAAGUAAAAUGUAGCCUGGGGGUUGGGGUUUACCGGGAUAAACCCCAAUCGGAAGGUUUUUUUAAUCAUAAUUUAGCAAUUUUUGAACUUUCGACAACAGGGUUUCACGUUGUAAAACACCACCGCGACAGCCCCGCCCAGCCCAGUUGCAUAAGAGACGGCAAGCCGUUUAACCCGGGGUCAAGGGAAAUUUUAAGCAGAAGUUUCUUUUUUGUAGAAACAUGUUGCUGGAGCUAAUAAAAUACUGUUCUACCUUAAUUCAGAGAACGUUACCGCAAUUUCUGAGACCUCGUUUGUUUGAACCCAGUGUCUUCACAAUUUUUUUUUAUGGAAGUUAGAAACAGCUGUGUAUUUUUCUAGAGUACAUAGUAUGAAAUCUUGAAGAUGGAAUGCUUGUUAUAGAAGAAUUGUGUAUUUCACGCUUUGUAAGUAUGUAACAACCCUUUUUCACACUAGAUGACCCAACAUCUACCGUUAUUUGCAUCGCCAACAAAACAUAUUACAACAGGACAUUUGAAAAGGACAUUAGAGCUGGAAUAUUUACAGACCUGGGAAAAGCCUCCAGUGUGCCAUGGUGCGUGCGUCAGGCCUGCAACAGACGAGCCGGUGACGUAGCUUUUGUAUUGGGGGAUGUCUGUUAUAUGGUCACGUGUUUUUCGAAAACGUCAUGCAAAAUUGCAAAGCCCGAUGGUCCGAGCGGGUAUUCUACUUCACUAACGCGGUACUCUUGGUUCGGUAAGUGUGCAUUUUGUUGAGCGAUUUCCAUCAAAAUAGUGAAGACAAUAUUAUCAUUUCUUAUCCUUGAUAUCAAACUCUACUCGUCUUUAGAAAUAGUGUAGAAAGUUUAUUACGUAUCCAUCUUUGGUUACUUUUAAACUUACAAGACCUCUUUCGUCUAAUCUUUAUGUCUUAACAAUAGAGGAGACUACUUUCCUGUAUUCUCUUCCCUUUUUUCUUUUGUUUACCUUAUUCUUUUACCAGAUUAUAAAAGACAACUACACAAAGAAGCACAAGUCUGUUUUCUCACUGCCAGCACCUGAUGACCUCUUUACUGCAGAAGGGAUCAAAAUUUGGAACCAAAUCUAUUGAGCCUGGGUUUAUUUGUUCCUGAGGAAAACUGGAAGAAUUUUACAACUUUCCUUCUCAUUCCUUAGUUCCCCGGCUCUAUCUUUCGGGCUAAUUCACCUACCCCUCCCCUUAGCCAUUACUAACAAUUCUCACUUAGGGAAAAAUGUUAGCUUAGGGGAGGGGUAGGUGGGUAGUUUCUCCAGAGACCUAAAUUGAUCUUAUCCUUUUUUAUUUUAGAUGCCGCCCCUGUUUUUACUGACUUCUCAAACGUGCUGCAAGUCAAAGAGAACAAUCAACCAGGACAGAUCAUCAAGAACAUUUUUGGGCACGCAAGGAAUCGAUGGAACAAAAAUUCAUCAAUAAAGUACAACAUUAUAAAAGGUAUUCGGUAACUUGUGUAUUUCAGGUUUAGAUUUGUUCGAUGGAUAUAAGAAACCUUUGGACAGAAGAGAUAAAUGGCUUAAACUAUGAGUAGUCUCUGUUUUUCUCAGCUUUAGUGAAGGGUGUUCAAGCGAGCGCGAGUGUCGAGCGUCGACGCCGCUAGACGCCUCUCCUGUCUCGUUCCUUAAGUCACGCGCGUGGUCAUUCUGGAGUCUCGCGCGUUUCGCUCGACGGACUAGGAAAAAAGAGAGACUGCUCGUAGUGUAUAACUGGUUAAAUCACUUCGCCAUCGUCAUCUUCAACAUCAUAAUUAGCAUCAUCAUCACCUGCAUUAAAAAUUCUACUUUAUAUGUUUACUUCUGUAUAUCUAUUAUUCGUUUGUUUGUCUUCUGCAGGAAACACUGGAAACGCAUUUAAGCUCGAACCACACCCUAGCGGACAAAGUGCAUCGUUAGUGGCAUCUAAGAGACUGGAUCGAGAAGCAAAGUCAUUGUACAUUAUAACAAUCCAGGCUACCAACAACGAUGAAAACAAAACGACUACCAAAGUGAUUUUAAUCAACGUGACGGACGAGAAUGAUAACCCACCGGUAUUUUCGCGUCACAACUACUCGGUGACAAUUUUCAGCAACCGUUCCAUUGGAUCCGAAGUGCUCAGAGUUAACGCUAAAGAUGCCGACAUAGGCGAAAAUGCGCGGAUCUCGUUUCACUUGUUAAAUUACCGGAGUCUUUUUCGGAUACUGCCCCGAAGCGGAACAAUUUUGCUCAAUCAGAAAAUAAGAGUGGAUCGCACAACGCGCCCAUACGAAUUGCAAGUGGAAGCACGAAAUGGAGCACACAAGAGUUUAACUAUUGUUAGGGUGCGGGUUCUACCAGUCAACGAGUAUAGGCCAUUCUUUGAGAAUUUAAAAUACACAAUCCGCGUCUCUGAAGCAAUCAAAACGGGGAACUCCGUGACCAGAGUUCUAGCACGUGAUUAUGAUUAUGGAGUCAAUGGAGAGCUUAACUUCACCAUUAUCACAGGAAAUAAAACGUAUUUUAGAAUAGAUGACGAUGGCGUCGUACGGACGCGACAAUCGUUACUCACGCUUGGAGGAUCAAACUACACAUUGACAGUAGUUGUUAGUGACAAAGGAACACCUCCUAAACGUUCAUUGCAUGUAGCAGAUGUGUAUAUAACAAUCGAAGAAAUUCAAAAGCACAAAGUCAAGUUUGAUUUGCCUUUAUAUCAUGUAUCAGUAGCUGAAGACACGCCAGUCGGAACUUCAAUUCUCACUGUUCGCGCCGUCACUGGCAUGAGAAGAACUAGAAUUCACGGAACAUCGCAAGCGGAGCGUAAGCUUGACAGAAAAUCUAGAAAAGUGGUUUACAGUAUUGGAAAUCCAAACGGAUAUCGGUACUUCAGUAUUGGUAAACACACAGGAGAAAUCAAAACCAAGGUAGCUAUGGACUACGAGAAAGUAAAAAGCUACAGGUAUGUUAUUAAAAAAAAACAAAUACAGCGAUGUCUUUUUGAAACAACAACAACAACAAAAAAAAUGUAAAUAAUCAAGGUUUAAUGAAAUGGUCGAAACACUACUUUCUAUAUAGAGGGUGAUUUCUAUGGAUCCUGUUAAUCAUCGAUUGCAGCUAUUUUUUUUCCUGUCUUCUUCACAGUGUCCUUCAAAAAAUCCGUUUUCGGAGAGUUUUAAACCAUUUUCUGUACACACCAAGGCUCUAAGUGGGCAUGCUAGCAAAUUUUCUCGAUCAAACGCACAGUCAUAAACGGAAAGUAGCUGAGAAAACUUUCAGACAUUCAUUUGUGCCGUAAUAAACUUAAACUGUAUAGCAACUGAAGAUACAAAACUAUCAAGAACAGCCGUAAAACCCCUUUCUGAAUAGAUGGGCUAUAGUUUCAAACAAACGCGGGGUCCCCGGAGCUAAGUUUGAACUAACGUGGGGGGUGUUAAAAGGAAAAAAAGAAAAGAAAGAAAGAAAGAAAGAAAAGAGGGAGUAUGUAGCUUAAGAGCAUUUCCCGUCAGUAAAACAGGCGCAAUAUUGGUUCAUGUCAAUUCUUGUGCGUUUGCCAACUAACCGAACAAAAUUGGCUGGUUUUAUUCUUACGACACUUGGCUACGUCACCACCGCUGUCAAACGUCUAAAUCGUUAUUUUUGUUUUUUAUUGCUGCGAUUUCAUUUACCAGUUAGAGAAAAAUGGGCAAAGGUGUGUAAAUCAGUUAGUCAACAUAACUAUCUUUCCAUUUUUCUCAAAAUUUUGAGCUUCUUUCGCUGAAAACGCUUCGCGCUAAAAGAGGAUCAUGUUUGAAAAUGGCGCCGAUAAUAACGUCAGCAUCGGUUUUCAAUCACUUAGAACAUUUUUAGUAAACUUUUAAAAAGUUUAGUAAACUAACAGGACGUUGGUAUUACCUUAAACUUUCGAUAGUGAAAGUAGCAACGUUAACUUUGAAGUAUUUCGCUUAACUUUUGCAAAUUUCACUCGUUCGACCGCUGUGGAGGCUACGUCUAAUUUUCGAAAUUGUAUAACCAUUCAAAUGCAACCCGCUUGGCUUAACUUUUGAAUACCAGUAUUUUUUUCUUCGGAUUCUACAAAAUAAGGCCUCGUCCACAUGCAUCUGUUUUUGCUUGAAAACGGAUAUUUCUUCAGAUCAAUAAAGGUUUCUGGGAAACUGCCUACCUACCCCUCCCCAAAACCAUCAUUUUACCCUACGCGAGACGUAAGUGUUAAUGUUAGCUUAGGGGAGGGGUAGGUGGGCAGUUUCCUAGAAACCUAAAUAGAUCCUUUUUUCCUCCUGUUUGGCCUACCGUCCACACGUAUCCGGUGAAAACGGUCACCGAAAACGCACCUUUUCAAAAACGCUCUCCAGAAGCCAGCAUUUUCAAAAAUUCCCACUCUCGUUUACGUGUGGACUGGCGAAAAAAAUGAUGUCAUACAUCAUUUACUACCACAUUACGCAUACUCUGUGAGAGAUGGUAUCGUAUUACCAAUGUUUAAAUUUUUUCGUAUGGAGAGACGAAAACGAUUUGAAUACGCUACGUGUGGACGCGGCGUAUUUUUUUGAAAACAGAGGGAAAAAAUAUCCCUUUUUCAAAAAUAUCUGGAUAAGUGUGGACGGUGCCUAAAAGUAGGAUUUUUUUGGUACGUUUUUACCUUGGCCACUUUCUGGGAAUGGAAGUAUCAAUGUUUCUUUUGUUUAUUAUUGCUGUUGUUUUCAUCACAAGAAAUUAACAUCCUUUCAGUAUCAGGUAACAGUUUCGGUUUUGCUGAUUUAAAAAAAUAACCGUCUGUGACUAUAUCCCUCAGUAUCAUUUACCUUCUCUGGUUUGAAACAGCUCAGUCUUAUUUUAUUGUUACCAAGGCAACCUCGGAUAGAGUAAAAAUACUACAGCAGUGUGGUGAAUAGCUUUUCAUCCUUGCAUUAGGUUGGUACUGUUUGCGAAGGAUACAGAGAAGAGAGACGCGAGCGGGCACCCUGAAACAGGUAUAGUUAAGUAAUUACUUGUAAAGCUGUAAUUAGCCGCGUCCCUUACAAUAAUUCUGCAUUCCACUGUUUGAAAUGAAGAGGCACACGAAUGGUGAGGUGCCUGUGAAAUGUUCAUUAAGUUAAAUACAUAGGUUUCCUAGAACCACUCCGGGGUGAAAAAAAAAACAUAAUAUGAUCCCUUAGACACAAGAUGAAGCGAUCUUGGCCCCCUUUUAAAGCAUUUGCGAGUCUUAUUGGCAUAACAGGCAACAGAACCGGACCGUCAGUUGACGACGGCGUGCGCAAAUCAAACAACUGGCUUGACCAAUGGCUGAGCGGCAAAUUGGGCACCGGAAGUUGAGUUUAGUCCUUGCAGCGCGCUUUCCCGUCGUCAAAUGACGUUCUCGUUCUGUUGCUAAAUCAGCCUAUUAUCUUUUAGAUACGUCCAACGUCUACGUAAACGUUCGAGAUCUUAAUGACAACGCCCCUCGAUUCGUGAUGAGCCCGUACCAAAAAAUUAUCAACGAAAACGUCUCUGUGGAUUCGGUUAUACUUGGAGUGACCGCUAUGGAUCGCGAUACUGGGACAAACGGACAAGUGCGAUAUUCUAUAGCAAGUGGCAAUUUUAAUGAUACCUUUUCCCUGGACAACAAUGGCAGUUUAAAAGUGCGACGAAAGUUAACUAGAGUACCGUCCGAUUUCUUUAAUUUGACCAUUUAUGCUACGGAUCUCGGAACAAAACCGAUGAAUUCUACACCCGUCUCCGUUUAUAUAAAAGUUCUACGAUCUUCUGGACGAUGCACGGACAGGCUUCUCUUUCCGAUUGCGCAGUACUUAGCAAAUGUCAACGAAAGUGCCCCCGUAGGAACAGAAAUCCUGCAAGUGAGUGCUACAGAAGGCAAGUGUCGCUACAAAGGCAAAAUAACCUACUACUUUACUGAACUGCGUGACCCACAGGUAGAAAAAUAUUUCACUCUUGGACCCCAAACGGGCAUCAUAAAACUAAUUACACCGCUGGAUUUUGAAACGAGGGACCGUUUUCCAUUUGAAGUAGGAGCUGUAGGUAAGUCUAGCUAAUACAUAGAUUAAGCCAGAGCUAAUAGCGAAGCUCCGGUAUAUGCAUUUAUAAUUUACUUUAGACAAUGAAUUUGGGACCACUGCAAAUCUAUACUGUGAGUGAAAAACAAACUUGAUCAAUUAACAGCUAAUAAAUAAAUAAAACUAUGCAUAGUUAGAUGCAUAGAUAACCUUAAAUUAAUUUUCUUACCUAUGGUGCACUUUGCGCGAGAGAACUUCGCUAAAAAGUAUGCAAAGAACAUUCCGAGAAAAAACCUUAGGCAUGAAGAUUUGAAUUAAGGGUACAGACUGAGUUGAAGUUCUUUUAGCCUGUCACGUCCAGACGUUUAGAUUUAAGGGAGGGCGAAAGAGAGGUGAGCGGGAGAAAAGCGCAAAACAGUCAAAACAGUUAAAUUAAAACAGCUGGAUAAUAAAAUAUUUCAAGAUUAGAGAGGUUAAUAUACGUAAUAAGAAAGCUAAAAUGACUGACAACAAUAAUAUUUAUUCUGUACUCUGCCACUCUCACCCUGUCUUGUUCUAGACAUAGUUAAUUUUUAUGUUUGCCGGGUUUGCCAGGUUUCCUAACCAGUCUCCUCUACUAUGUUCUAGAUCAUACUUAAAUGUUUUUGCCUCAAAAGUUCCUAAACACGGGCUUAAUUGUUUGUUGACUGACUGAUUGGCUGUGUAUCCACAAUUUUGUCGCCGAUUGUAUCUUAUUCCCGUGAUAUGGCUUACUUUCCUCUCUAGAUACCAGAAAUCACGAGUCAGCCACUGCACGAGUUCGAAUCCAAGUACUUGAUGUGAACGACAACAAACCAUAUUUUCUUAAACAGAACUACAAAGAGAAAUUAUCUACACUACCAGAACCCGGAACCGUGGUCGCAAACGUGGUGGCGCAAGAUGAUGACAGAGGCAAGAAUCGCGAGCUGGAAUACUCUCUGGUUAGCGGAGGGGGAGGCUAUUUUAGAGUUAAUUCAAAGUAAGUCACGUCUUUAAUGUUUCAAAUUAUAGGGGAAUUGUAAAACAUGCGAGGGUGACUAGGGGGCUGCUGCCCAAGGUACCACCCCAGAGUCUAGUAGGUGGUAGGCUGGCCCCAACCCCAGUGCCUACUUCUGUUAUGCAGCCGGCAUGACUAACAACUGUAACACAAAUCAAGUGUUUUUUUUUUUUUUCAUUUUACCUAAAGGACUUAUUCACAGGCUUGACCAACUGCAUUUAAGCUUUCUAAAGCACCUUGUUGUUGAAUAGAAACUAAGAAAUAUUUGCUUUAGGGAAGAGAGGAAAACCAGAGUAUCCGGCAAAGAAUCUCUGGGAGAAGAAAGGAGAACCAACAACUAACUCAACACACAUGCAACAGUGUCCACGCGGGGACUCCACUCACUCCCCUAUUGAGCGACGCACGUCAACCGGAAGUGGACUUUUUGCAUCCUUAGGCGGCGGUUUUUCCUAAAUUUGUGAGCAAAUCGUCUUUGUAAGAGUAAAGACACUCAACAUUACAAAUUUGUUAGCGUCAAGGCACUUUAAAAAGGAGAAGGCCUCAUUUCCGGUUGACGUACGUCGCUCAAAAACGUCUUUGCUUAAGCUCCCUAAUAGAGUUUUUGAGAGACGCACAUCAACCGGAAGUGGACUUUUUGCAUUCUUAGGCGGCGGUUUUUCCUACAUUUUUGAGCAAAUCGUCUUUGUAAGAGUGAAGACACUUAGCAUUACAAAUUUGGCAGCGUUAAGAUACUUUAAAAAGGAGAAAGCCUCACUUCCGGUUGACGUUAGUGGGCGAGUGCUCUCACCACUGCGGAAGUCAAAACCAGAACAUUUCUCGAAGAGCGAUCGUUAUAGAAGUAGAAGAUUGGUUGAGGGUAAGAUUAAUCUUUUCAAUUCUGCAGGAGUGGAGCCAUAAGAACGUUGAAGAGACUAAACCGAGAGAACCUAGGUCUGUUUAAUAUAACUGUGUCCGUCAUGGAUCACGGAACACCACCGCUGAAAGCAGUACGCCAGGCUCAUGUUUCGAUCUUGAUAUUCACUCCGCUCCAGUCCACUCUCAUUCUCAUGGAAACAAAGCAAACCACCAUCACUAUUCGGUUUAACUUGAAGUAUCUGGCGCCUAACAAUAUUGCCAAAUAUGGUGUUCUUGUACAAGAGUAUUCUGACGAUGAUCCCAAAUGUACGUAUACAGUUUGCUACUCUUAUACAGUCCGGAAUAUCCCUAAAUUUAAGGACAGGGCCAACUGGUCACGCGCAACUUUUUAACCAAUGAGAAGGCGCGCUUGUGUUUAUCAACAAACAAAUCAAAACAUCGCCCCAGUGAUCAAAAAUUUUCAAAACAACGGACGGAGUCGGACAGAAUUAAAGAUGAACUUACAGUACUCGUCUAGGUUUCACAUUUAAUAUUUCAAAGAAAACAUGUCAUGUAAGAGAAUAAGAGCAUUAAUCAUUGCAAGGAAUCAUUGGGGUGUUCGAACUGAUUCCGGACCGAUCGCAGAGGUCUUGGCUUCACUGGCAUGGUUUGCAAGAUACUUGACAGAAGCAAACUCUUCCCGUGUAAAAAUAGCCUUAGAGAGAUUGUGAAAAUUUGUUGAGAUCGUACAAAACAGCAUUGGUACUACCUAUUAACUUCUACAGGACAAGAAUCAAAGAACCAGUCAUCAUAACAAGAAAAGAAAGUAGUUCAAAUUUAUUAAUUUUUCUUGUUUGUUUUUUUGUGUUGUUUUGUGUUGACUUCACGCAUCUGGUGCUUUCUUUGCUUGCUGUAGUACCUGCAAUGUUUUAAAUUUAUCCCAGAUAAUCAGUGCAUGUUCAAUGAGUAGCGAAAUACAGCAUUUACAACUGAGAUUUGCCUUGUUUCAACAUUUGGAGAAUCCAACAACAUUAAAUCUUUCCAGAUUAGUGAAUUUCAGAAACAAAGCGGUUAGUAUCUACCUUGCGCUUAUGAUCUUCAAUUUCAUCCCCGCAAAUUCGGCAAAGUGAGGCGAGAUUUUGGACGUGAAUAUCCAUAAGACUAAUAAAGUUGUUUUGGCCUUGAAAAGAAAAAAGGCAAAGGCUCGUACUAAUGCGAAAAAAAGUAAUAACACGGCUUUUGUGAGAAACCCGGGAGAGGAAAACGUACGUGUUUUGGACCUGGGAAUUCAAAAAUUGUCUAUCAAAAUUCUAGGUUGUCUGCCACCUCCACAUUCAACAUGAUAAAAGUUAAUCGAUAUGACAAUCGAGGAAAAAUAUCUAGAACUUCGUAAAAAAUCUGUGAAUCGAAAAAAUAAUAGAUACUUGUUCACCUACCUUGAAAGCCGACCAAAAUCUCUCCGAUACAUCGCGUUGUUUAAAAGAUAAAAGAAGAAUAAACCACAAAAUGUGCUGAAUAUUUCACGAGACCCUUCCAAUAUAGCUUCCGAUACGCUGUCCACUUAAAAAAAUUGUCUAUGCCUCAUGAAAGUCUUAAAAAUAUGCCUGAGAAGCUCGAAACGAUGACUGAUUCUGUCCGACUCCGUCCGUUGUUUUGAAAAUUUUUGAUCACUGGGGCGAUGUUUUGAUUUGUUUGUUGAUAAACACAAGGGCGCCUUCUCAUUGGUUGAAAAGUGUCGCGUGACCAGUUGGCCCUGUCCUUAAAUUUAGGGAUAUUCCGGACUGUUAUAAAGACCUCAAUAAUUCUGUUAAAUAUCAUUUCUUAUUACUUUCGGCGAAAAACGGCUAGGAGGCAGGAGCUAAGAAUGUGGACUUUGAAUUAACUCUGAAUCCGCAACCGAUCGAUUCAGAGGAUGGGGAGACAGGUGGGGAGAGACAAGGAACAAAAUUUAAAAGGAGCACAAGCUUCAAAAUACUAAUAAAAACAGUUCUUUUUCUCAUAGUAUUGAUACCAAGAUUUAGAUAUAGACGCAAUAUGGCGCUUACAUUUUUCUCCCCCUCUUGUUCUAGUCAAGGAAAUGACAAAGAAAGAACCAACAACGUGGUACCUAGUGAACAAAGCCGCCACAAAGGAAAAUUCUAUUUAUCAACGUUAUAUCACCAAAGUGAUACCAUCCAGCCCGGCAAUCAGAUCAGCUAGGCUAUUGGAACUGACAAUCGGCGAUGAAGAAAACUGUGAAAACAAACGAGGGGAUGAAGACUACUGCAAUGGGCCUUUACAGUCUGGUGUGAAAUACAGGUGAGUUAAACAUUGCACCGGCUAACUAUCUCGAUCUUCAGCCGAUAGUGUUUUCUGCCUUUUAUGGAGUUAUUCAUUAGAGAGGAGUCGUAAAGGAUCCCGUCGCCUUUGUCGUGCUUUGUCAUCAGCACAGCUACUACGAAAAGGUGGCACAGGAAACGAUGAUAUAGUAUUGUACAAAUCGGCGAUACAGUUUUAUAAAGAUGUUUUAGACAAAAAUAAGUGGGAUUAAUUAUCACGAUUUUUUAGACACAAUAUUACACAGUGAUAAAGUACCUAUCUAUGAGGACUCUCUAGACAACCUCGUAAUGACCCCCUCUUCACUUUUUCCCUCGCCUCGAUUCUUUCUCUUUGGUGAUACAAGGAGAGUAUGUAAUCAGCCUCGUCUCCAGUCGCUCGAAGAGCACUCGUUCCUGAACCCCUCUAGCACUUCUCACUUGAAUUCAACUGUCGCGCUUCGCACUUCCCGCUUGUUCCAUGCUGGCCACUAAGCCUUAGGAAGGCUUGAGGACGAGGCAGGUAUGUGAUCGCAUUACCGUUAUAGUGACACCCCGACCAGCCGCGUAAUAAAACACAAAGUCACACUAAAGGAAAAGCAUGCGCACUUCAGUCUUUGAUUGAAUUUAGUUUGUAACAGAAGUUGAAGAAAUAUUCUAAGGAGUUUCAAAACCAUUCCACUUAAGGUGUUAAUUUCAAGUACUGUUUACGUCAUGCCGGUUUUAACAGUCCGGCAAUGAUGUUAAUACUACAAAACUUGCCUGAGCACAAAAAAGCAUACAAAUCGCCUUUUUUUUUCCUUUUGUAGAUUUCAAUUACGUGCCUACCUCAAGUCUACAGGGCCUUUUAAAGAUGUGGAGUUUCAGGAGAACGACUUCUCAGAUCCGCACAUCACAGGUAUCACUGGGUAAAAAAAAGAAUGAAUGAAUGAACAAGCAAACGAACGAACGAAUAUUUAAAGCCUACCUCGUCUUGGCGUUUUUAAGGGGGGGGGGCUUGGGGUACCUAUGCCUAAAUUCCUGAUCGCAUUAAUGGCAGAGUUUUUUUUUUUUAAUUUUUCCGGCAAUAUUUACAGCUGUGCCGUCACAGAAAGCGGCAUACAAGAAAGAUGGAGGGAGCAGUUAUGAUGCAGUGGUUUAUGCCGUGGGAACCUGUCUUGUGCUUGUUAUAAUGCUGGCAUUUUUAAGAGGAUUUUAUCGAUUGAAGCUCGACAGAAAGAGGUCAGUUUGGAAGAUUUAUACUUGUUUUCUGCUUAACCCAUUCACUUGCAAGAAAAACACAUAGUCAAAUAUUCAAGAAAAUUCCAGAUUUCAUUUUGUAAAAUGUCGUAAAACAAACAGCACUAUGGGAAAGUACUACCAAAGAAGACGCAUAAUUUCACCAACAGACGUAUAAAAUAGAGACACCAAGGACAAUUCACUGUAAUGGUUUAGUUAAAGUUGAAAAAGUCCUUUAGAGCGGAUGCAGCCUAUAAAAUGUGUGUUCUUAUCCACUAGAAAAUAACACACGUAUAUUUUACUCAAUAAAGAAGGAACUGACUUUAGACAUCACUGACUGUACAAUCCCGAAAUGAUUCCGUUUCUAAAUGAUCCACAACCCCGAAAUGAUCCCUAUCCUAAAAUGAUCAACACUAUGAAAACGUCCGAAAUCACAACAUCGCAAAAUUAUCUCAGAUAACGUUAAGAAUAGAAAGUAUUUAGUGAAUAGAGAGAUGACCGUAGUGUAGACUUGUGCGUACACUAGCGACUCCGUUUUUGUCCACCUUACGACUCCGUUUACGACUCCAGUAGUUUCAUUUUUACUAGCUCUGAUUACGACUCCUCCUCUCGCAUUAGAAAACCCUCUGUGAAAGGUUUGAACCCAGGAGUCAUUUCGCAAGUAGGUUGAGUAUGAUCGUCUGGGUGAACGUAGUUCUGAAUAGCACUGUUGUUGUUGACAGUUACUGACGUUUCGACAACCUGUGCAGUAGUCAUCUUCACGUCAGUUGAUGGUAUCUGUUAGCCACAGCCCGAGUAUUUUUAAAUUUUAUGGAUUAAACGAGUCUUUCUGAUUCAGAUAGCGUUCGAUCUGACAACUAAUCAAAACGCUGAAAAUCUACAUUAGGUGAGGCAUGUUUAAUAAAAUACAUCAUCGUUUAACUUUUGUCACUCUUAAUUUAACUUCGAUCACUAACUGAUAAUCUUAUAUCCUUAAUAAAUGGCUAUUUCGUCACUUAACCGAAAAACGACUAACAUGAUUUUAUUACGUUAACUUCUCCACAUCCUACACAUUCAGUAAUCCAACUAAAGCAGAAAUGGGGAUGAAGAGCUAUGACUGCACAACUAAUUGGUGCGUAUAGACAAAAAUAUCAGCUACAAAAUCGUCGCUAAACAUCAUUCACUUUCAUACAUUAACCAUUUCACUAUUAAAAUAGUAGUCAGUAAACAGGAGAUAUGUCACUGGAAUUCACAUUUCUUUAAUUUCUUUUUAUUAUCUUUUCGCGAUUUGAAUUUAUAUCAGUAAGACAAUAAGCACAUCACUUGCAACUUCGUUCCAAAAGCUUCUUGGGAUCAUUUUGGGGUUUCUUUUAACCACUUGUGGUCAUGUUUUGGCUUGAGAUAACUUUGGGGUCAACAUGGGAAUUGUACAGUUUUAAACUCUUGAACUUAUUUUUAAAUUUGUGUCCAGCAUCUAUUUUCACCUUACACUUUCCUACAAUGUCAUUGCUCCGAGUAUUGGGCUCAUGAAAACUAAGAGAAAAAAUGUAAUAAUCUUAGGCAGAGAGCGUAUACUAUACAUAUCUAAUAUCAUAUAUAUGAUACGAAAUGUAUGUAUAGAUUCGGUCUCCUCUACAGGCGUUUCGAGUGUUCUUGCGAGACAACGCGAUUAAUGUCACAACAAGCAAAGCGCGAGGCAGCUUGGGGUAGAGGAGCAGUGCGGGCGUAGCACCUCUCACUGAUUUUUCCCGUCCUAUCUUCCUUUGCGCAGAAAUUUUCAAAACAACAGAGACGUCUAGGUACAAGGCAAUUGAGAGCAGUAUCGAGAACAUAACUAUCGGGCAUGCAUCGUGUUUUGGUCAUUGAACGCGAAAUUAGCCUGUUUCAGGCUCCCCUCCAGUCCACUGGGACGAGCGAAAAAAGCGGACGAACCAGGAGCACUGUGUAGAAGGGUUUCACGCGCUCGCCAUAUUUUAUUUUAUUCUGUCCGCGCGAAUUAAAGUGAUUGACGUAAGUGUUGAAGUAAACUGUCAAAAUUGACCAAUCAUAGGGUAUACCAGGAGCCGGUAAACCGGAAUGAGGUAUUGAAAACAAUGCCUACAGGCUCCACGUACCAGUCUCUCCCCAGCCCCCACGCGGUUUUUGCGAACAUUUUCUCGUGUCGUGAAAGAAUUACAAAAGUUAUACGAACUAGUGAGAUAAAAUAAUGCCAAAAAAAAUCAAACUUACGUGAAAUUUUGAAAAAAUGAUAAACCAUAGGCCAGUUAUGCUUUAUGACUAAGUGAGUUCCUGACUUGAGUUAAUCACCAGAGUUCUGUUUUGUGCUGAGGUAUGGUUUCCUGUAUUUGUUGAAUCAAAGUUUACUCAUUUAAGGUAUACUUGGUGAUAUAACACGGGCGUUUAAUAGGCAAGAGAAAUUUUUCUUCAUCUUACCUGAAUUGUAAGCUUUAGACCUUGCUUUAAAUCAUCUCAUCGCAUUUUCUAAUCCAUGCAGUCAAGGCAGGGUGUAUGAAGGCGUGUUAGCCCAUUACAUGGCGUUCUAUUAUUCGUUUAGGAUUCACGAGGAGAAGAAGAAGCGAAUUUCCUUUCCAAUCAGCAAUCCACGGUUUCAGGAACCAAAUUCACCGGUAGAAAAGAUCAGGACCCCAGGUCCCGCGAAGUAAGUAGAGUGCCUUAUUGUCAAGAAAGAAUACAGUUAGUGUAAACUUUGUCUAAAAGUGCAGUAAUUUAUCGAAGACAAGACAACGAGAAGUGGGUUGAAAGGGUUUCAAAGACUUCGAGGUGUCUGGAUAUCGGGUGACAUACUGUUCGAUUGUUCACAACGGAUGAAACACCAGGUCAAGUGUUUCAGAUAGCUUCUCAAAAUAAUUUCAAUAAUUCGUUGAAGUAACCUUCGCGACAAGCGUUUCCGCGCGACUGAUUGCGCGAAAGUUGUAGUGAGGGCCAAAACUUAACCCAUUAACUCGAGCGAAAACGCUUGCUGCGCAGGCUAUUGUGGUAGAAAUUUUCUUACGAUGAAAUAAAUAGAGCAACGCCAGUUUCAGAACCCAGGUUGAUUUACAAAAAAUUUUUUGGAUUAUUUGCCAGUUUCAACUUGAAACUGACGUUUUCCUUUUGCCGUUAACGCGAGUCUAAAUCGCUCUGUUUAAACUGUCUUCUUUUCCUUAGACAAGAGUGAUCACACUAAAAGGCAAACUGUCCCAAGUCAAUUGUUGUUAGCGGAAAGGCAUAGGGACAAGAUUCAAGAGAAAAAAAUGACAAAUUAACAAAAUACUCAAUACAAUAUUAUGCCUUAAAACUUACUUGUACAUAUUCGUGCCAUUUACCUGUAAUUUCAGAAAGAUGGUUGCUGUUAAUCACGACAAAGGCUCAGGUAUGGUAUUCUUUAAAGGUUGUCUUUCAAUCGUUUUUAACAAUGUUCUUCUUUGUUAAGGGUCUAACAUGUUCCAGAGUACUUUGCAGUCAUUGACGACAUUGGGGAGCAAGGGUGACGCAGUGGUGAGAGCAUUCGCCUCCCACCAUUGGCCCGGGUUCGAAUCCUGGCGUCGACGCCAUAUGUGGGUUGACUUUGUUGUUGGUUCUCUCCCUUGCUUCGAGAGGUUCUUCUCCGUGUACUCCGGUUUUCCCCUCUCCUUAAAAACCAACGCUUCCAACAACCAAUUCGAUCUGGAACGCACAGACACGUUUUCCCGAGUUCUUAAGAACUCCUAAACGCUCCGUGGGUAAACAAAUUACAAUUACAAUUGAUCAGUUCAGUCAAGGUCACAUGGCUUCCAUCUGGAACGAUAAAUUAAAAAGUCGUCAUUAUCAUGCUACCACUUCAAACCGCUUAUAUCAGACCUAGUUUUGUACGGUUUGACAAUUGUUUAAACUUACAUGAAACGGUUCUCCCUUUCCGUUUCAGAGUUCAGCCACCGUGACGAAGACGAGGCUGGUUCUUCCCCAGACUCCGCACUAGGUACGUGCUCGUGCAACUCUGAGCCUCCACAACAAGAAAACAUCAAGCCAGCGUACUUUACCUUUGAGUUUUAGGUCCAACAAUCCAACAAUCAAAAGACACUCACCGAGGUAACCCUCGAACACGUUUGCUUUUCUUCCUCUCUCCUGUUAAUUUGUCUGCUCGUGUUGUUGUGGUCUUUCAGGACAUGCACGUCUGGAACUACUUAGAAAGCAAUAUCUCUCUGUCUUUCACACUGCACGAUACCCUCAGGUCAGUGCAACUGAAUCACUUUUCACUUUUCUCCUUUUUGUUUUCUCCGUUGCACUUUGAUUUCAAUCACUUCACAGUCUGGACAGUUGAAAUAGUUCAACUUUGAAAGCAAUUUACCUCUGUCAGCUGUUUUUUUUUUUCACACGGCACUAUACCUUCAGGCAAGUGCAAAUAAUCCCUUCCUUUUCUUUUAUCCACCAUGUAUUUAAUCACCUAACAGAUUGAAAUGCCAACGUAUUACAAACCGUCAAAUCUAUUCCUUUUUCUUUUGAUUCUUUUUCUCGAUGUUGCUUUGUUCCUUUCCUUUCCCCAUUCUUCCAUUCCUUCUUCCUUUCACACAUAUCACUGUUAAGUUGGAUUCAUGUCCAAGACACUGAUCCUUCGUAAAAACAGUUAGCCUUUCCAAUGUUUUCAUCACUUUCACUCACGAAAGGGGCCAUUUGUGUAGUCGAAAUUUUACCAGCCUCGCGUCACUGUCCAGAGAACAGUAAAACUCAUGCAGCUAGAGCGAAAGCGGUUAUCUCGAGGGUUAUGUGAGGGUUCUUGUGUUGCAUCACUUUCUUCAAUGAAUUUUGACUUGUUUUUCUGCUAUUAACUUCCGAGUCGUUGUAUGGGCACAACACUGGAAAACCAUCAGCUCCUUUCUGUCCAGUUCCGAUGUUUAAAGAUCUCAAUCACCUGAGUAUCAAGGAUCUCUUCAGUCGCAAAUCCCUUAAAGUGUUUGUUUAUGUCGUCAUAAUAACAGAAAAUUUGCCAAGGAAUGCUCAGUUCCCUUAUGCGGACAUCAAUUGUAUUUAUAUCCAGAAAGGUUUACGAUAUAUCCCAGUCAGACAGGUUCCGUCCAACUAACCCUUCCUUUGCUUAAUAAUAUCGGGGUAUUUCUCGAAUAAAAUAGGAUAAUGGCUUCUUCGGACCGUACCCGCAAUAAACUUGCGUGAUAUUCAAAUUUUGGCACGUUAAAAGUAAAAAUAAACUGGUUCCCUUAUAUUGUAAGCCAAAAUACUUCAGCAGGACAAAGUUAUAGCUCUGUACAAGAUUACGCAGUUCUCAGGUGGUAUGCACUUUGACUGUAUUUCUAAUCAGCUUUGGCAGACAGGUUUUCAACUCUUUCUCGUCCUUCUUCACUUUUUCUUCUUCUUCUUGACAGACACCACCCAAAGGACUGUGCCGGAUGCAAGCUCGUCCCGUUUAGCUAGGUCAGUCAGUCCUCUUCACUCGUUUCCAGGGCCUUCUCUGGGUUGAAAAUGUUGAGAAUUUCUCACAUGACAUAAAAGCCCCAAGCACUUCAAGUCAGACAGCCAGCAGCCUCGUCAAAAACAAGAAUUUGUGCAAUGUAACUCCAGUUUGGAGGGUUCUUCCCUUUUCUUCGCUACCAAUAGCUGCACUUUGCUAAAUUAAAUGCUAACUUAAAUUUUAAAUUUUAAAAAAUGCUACCGGUACCAGCACUCACUUUGCUAAAUUACAUAAACCCCUUUAAGCCACCCGUCUGCAUCCCACUUCAAACUUUCACUUGAAAAAGCACCAUCCCUGCCAGGGGCGGACCCAGGAUUUCUCUUAGGAGGGGGUGCACCACAAAGGAAUAGCGUAACUGACUGGUGACGUAAACAAAAUUUUAAAAGAGAAUAUGAGGAACGCUUUUGACUAACCAAUAACAUAAUGUGAACUCCUGAGAAUACAUAACAUACAUAUCUGCAUAUUUUGCGGAACACCAGUUGUAUUAGAAAGCCGCAGGUCAUCUCGCGGGGGGAGGUGGGCGGGUGCGCAACCCCUGCACCCUCCCCUUAGAUCCGCCCUUGCCUGCCGGGCCUUAAAGGGGCCAUCUACCUACUCCUUAUUCGUCUCUGUCACAUGAAAAAAUACUACACUGCUCUAGGAGAAUAUCGCAGCUUUCACCGGGGGUUUGUCAUCGUUGCUCUUGAUUUGCAAUGACGCGAAAGCCUCCUGGUCAGUCUUUUUGUCCUUUCCUAACUGCAACUGUUUUUAAUUUUGCACCCUUUUCCUCUCUUAUCUGUUCACUACAGUACAUAACACUGUAUAUUCUCCACGUUUGUGAUUUUGUCUUGUUGCUUGUAUCCCUUUUUGCAUAAAUGUAUUUUUGUUUUCACGCCCUGGAUAGUUUAGUUUCAUUUUAAAACGGGUAAAAUGGCAUUUUUGUGCUUGUCGUAAUUUUGGCAGGUAAGAACUACACUGUUAUUAAGAUAAUUGCCGCACAAAACGGGUGGCUCGAAAACAUCAUGAAGAGAACCACCCCUGAAUAGCCCGUCACUAAACGUAACCUUUGAAAUCAAGGCAAAUUCUGCCUCAAUGUAUGUUGUUCGUCGGGAACAGAAAAUAUGUGAAAAUCACCUUAAAGACAGAAAGUAAAAGCUAGGUGUAUGAUAACCGAGUUUUAAGGACAACAAGUGAAACCAUUGCAUUUCUGUGCAUAUAUUUAAAUGGUUCAUUUUGCAAUAUUUUGAUGGCACCCAUGUCACAAACAGACAAAAUAGUUUGCUAGCUCUGCUUAAUCAAGGCAACCAGUUGCCAAAUGUGGAGAUUAAUACACUCGCAUAUUUGACUAAUACCGACAUAUGGCCCAUAUUUCCGUAUUUUACAGAUGAGACUACAAGACUCACACAGCCUGAGAGACGACGCCCUACUUUACAAGAAGUAAGACUUAAAAAUUAUUUCAAUUCGGUGGAGUCUUCCUCCUGCGCAUCUUGUGAGCACGUGAGAAUUUACUGCGUGCAGGAAACAGUCACAUGACCGUACCAAUACAUGGUGGCUAACGUGACCUUGCUGGACAAGAUAAGACGAUAACGAAAUUAAACUGCCUGGUGUAGUGUCAAUGUACAUGUCACGCACAUGUUGCGUGACUUGCAAAUAAUUUUCCCUUAAUUCAAUGUGAUGACGCCAUGGUGAAGGGUAAACAUUUUUUGAAGGGGGCCGUGUCACGCUCUCGAUUGUUUCGGAAUUUCGAGGCGGUUUUGAAAAGGCCGAAAGGCAGAGUUUAAAAAGCAACAAAGUAUCUGUGUUGUACAUGGCAACGGAGGGGGAAAAAAGAUGAAUGUUGAACAUAUGUAGUUACAUUGAGCCAUCUUAAGUUUAAGCAUCCGAUCAAUUGUUGUAACAAAGACCGCUAUAGGCCUCAACUACAUGUGAGAAAUCUUAACGAUAUAGGUAAAAAUAUUUCUAACCCAAGUAACUUAUUGACGUGACUGGUUUAAGCACUCGUUGAGCACAUUAUUUCAUUCGGCAUAUUGCUAUUAACCAUUAGUCGAAUUAUAAUAAUAAUAAUCUUCCUUCAUCUGUCAGCUGAUCUGUCAAGAGGAGUAAAGGUAUCAGCGAUAAUAAUUUCUUUUGCUGUAUAUUCAUAAAAUGAAAUAAUCCAGUGAUAAAUAUAGACCUGUUUACAAAUUGUUCAGGGUUACUUUAGCAAAUAAAUUCUCUGUGAGGAGGGAAAGUCGUGCGAAAAUCAUUUAAUGUUUAACUAUUUAAUCUUCACUAUAGAGUGAGUUGAAGCUUCAUUUACAAGAGAUAUACCCGUUGGCACUUUGGAGCUGUUUUUUUUAUGUUAAAAUUUGUUUUCGUUGUUGCUGUUUUUCAGCGUUUUAAUUCUGUUCACACUCCUUUCCUUAAAAAGCGAAUCUUUGUUUACAUUUUUUGCACUGUUAACAUAAAUUAUGCUUUUCAUUCUCCGAUCAAGCUAUUAAAAUAACUCCCUGAAUAUCGAAAGGGCAUAACAAUUUCAGUGAAAAUUUUAGCCCGAUAUACCGAAUAAUUUCGGAGACAUUGUUUUUGAAAACCCCGAAACUUUACAAAGAAUGUAUAGGCUCAUUAAAGUCUUUGCCACCCAGCAGUUUCGCAGUUUUCACUGCUCUUUCCUUUGUUAUUGCCAGCAAAGAGCUGAAAAUUGCACAAGCUGCUCAAAUUAACCAAAUCUUUCAAUUCAAUAGGGAGCUUAAGCAACGACCACGGCGACGGCAACGGCAAAAAGGCAACAGGUUAGAUUAGCAAAACAACAACUUUGCACGUGCAUCGCGCGCCUUUUUUGUACAUUUCUUAGCCGUCGUUGCGCGGCUGCAACGUGAACGUGCCUACUUUCACGUUUUGUUGAGGACGGGAACACAAGACAACAACUUUCUUUUUCUUUUCCUGAACUUUGAUACAGUCCUUCAGAAUUCA